GAUCGCACUCCCAUCUCCAGAACAUUCAUAGGCCACUAAAAUUAAAACCCUAGCUCUGUUUUACUAACUUUGCUACCACCACCACUGCCAAGCCAUGGCUCUGCAAUAUGUCCGCCUCCGCCGAGCUCUAACCUCACUUUCCACUCUCCAUCGCUCUCUUUCCACUCCAAUCAUCCCCAGUUCACCUCUUCCUCUCCCGCAUGCCUUCAUUUCUCCCUCGCCGUCCAAGCAAUCGCCGUUAUUCUUCAUCUUUCAGUCGCGGCAGUUCACGGGAUCGCGGAUGUCUCUUUCUUCCUCGGGAAAACAGUACAGGGUGUACAAGGAAGGAGACGAGAUCACGGAGGACAUGGUGCUUUUCGAGGGCUGCGAUUUCAAUCACUGGCUGAUUACGGUGGAUUUCCCCAAGGACCCGAAGCCCACACCUGAAGAGAUGGUUGCUACCUACGAGCGUAUCUGCGCCCAGGGACUGGGCAUAAGUAUCGAGGAGGCAAAGAAAAAGAUAUACGCUUGUAGCACCACUACGUAUCAAGGGUUUCAGGCAGUGAUGACAGAAGAGGAGUCAGAAAAAUUUAAAGAUGUUCCUGGAGUUGUCUUUGUAUUGCCAGAUUCUUAUAUUGAUCCACAAAACAAGGAAUAUGGAGGAGACAAGUAUGAAAAUGGAGUAAUAACACCAAGGCCACCUCCGGUCCAAUAUAGGAGGGGAGGAAGAUUCAAUGACAGGAACAGAAACCCUGCCCAGCCAAGAUAUGAUCAGCAAGGAGGUCCUGUGCCAAAUCAACGUGGGAGUCCCCAAUACAAUCAAGGAUAUAUGCAAGGUGGACGUGGUGGGCCCCAAUAUAAUCAACAAGGAUAUACGCAAGAUGGUGGGAACUAUGGACCUCCACAAAAUUACCCACCGCAGCAAAAUUAUGGUCCUCCUGGACAAGGAGACAGAAUGCCUAUGAACAAUAGGGAUUAUGCACCUGGAGGAAGGGACUCAUAUCAGACAAAUAGGGGUCCAUAUCCAGGCUCCUAUGGCCAAGAUCAACGAGGAGGCCAAUAUCAGGGCAAUUACAGCCAAGGUCAGCAGGGAAAUCAUUAUCCUCAAGACCAAAGGGGCUUCCCACAAGGAGAUCAGAGGGACUUUAGGGGAGAUGGCAGAAAUUAUUCUCCUGCACCAGCUGGCACUCAUGGGCAAGGUGCAAAUACUGGCUAUGGGCAGGGCUACCCAGGUGAAGGUCAAAGGUUUUCACAAAUGGAGCAGAGAAAUAUGCAUGGAGAGCAAUCAAAUUAUGGACCAGUGGGACAAACUGGGGAAAACCAAGGAAGAUAUUAGGAGACUCCCAGACGGUUCAUUGAGGCAAUGGAGGGGGGAGACCUGUAAAUCACUUUUAUAUUUCGCAUGGUCAUCCUCAUGAACAGGGAUAUAAACCUUUUCAAGUUGUGUCGUGGUAAAUAGUUGUUUAUGUUCACCUUUAAUCGAAAGUAGGAAUGAACUUUUUUCCCAUUAGAUACAAGAACCUGAAAUCAGAAUUUUGGUACUGCAUA